UCUCUGUCCAUUAUUGGGGGCUCGGCGCAUCGUACCAGUCAGAGGGAGCGCGCUUGACUAAAGCACGCGCCAGGCAGUGAUGUGUCGCAGAUUUUUAAAACUCAGAAAGAGAACCUAAAAUACCGCUCAACUAUCUAAUACGUGCAUGUGAGUAAGUGAUAAAGACUCCGAGAAUAGAAACGGGUUGUAGAGUAGGCAAAAAACUUGUUUUAGCCGCUGCAGUGAGUUUUGCGGAUUUGGGAGGUAUUUUUCUUGGAAAGAACGAGAAACAUUUCGCGUUCCCUGUUUGAGCGUGCGACUAGCAGCCUAGGAGCGAUGGAACUGUCAUCUAUAGGCGAACAAGUGUUUGCAGUUGAAUCAAUAACCAAGAAGAGAGUCAGAAAGGGUAAUGUGGAAUACUUACUGAAGUGGCAGGGAUGGCCACCAAAUACACUGACAGGAGAACUGGCAACCACCGUACGCCAUUUGGUGCAUUUUCGUAAUGUGAAGAGUCCGUCCAGAUCCAGCGUUAAUCCGAUUCCGCACGCAUCUAAAACUGAAGGGUACAGCACCUGGGAACCAGAGGACCACAUAUUGGACCCACGCCUGGUGCUGGCUUAUGAAGAGAAGGAGGAGAAGGACCGAGCCCUGGCAUACCGCAGGAAAGGACUCAGACCACGAAGACUUGUCUUACGGUCUUCUCUUCUCCUACAGAAUAUCUAUGCCAUGGACCUCCGUAGUGCACACAAAGUCCCAGAUACCCCUCGUCUGCGCCUCUCCCUUACCCGCUCCAUGGGCUCCGAGCUGGACCAGGGCAGUCUGCCAUACAGGGCGGGGGAGGGAGGGAGCGUCUACCGCCGCCUGGCAAGACGCAAGAACAAGCAGAGGGUGUCCAAACCUGUGUCUGACAACAAUUCCCUUCAACCACUGACCCGCAUACAGGACCCCAUGGAGCAUGAAUGGCAAGGCGCAGAGGAGAGACCGGAAUCAGAGUUAACAACAGACACACGUGAAAACAGUCUAUUCAGGCAUAGCCGGUCAGAGUGCAGCUCUCCCAUGAUGGAGCAGGAGGUGGAGUCGACGACUGACAGAGUGGAGAGUUGUGGUUCCGCACUGGGCUCUGGAGAUGAGACAUUGGUGGGUGGGGCCUUGUUGACGGUGACAGGGGCAGGGUACAGCUCAGAUGGUGGGACCUCUGAAACUGGACAGGAACAAAUGGAUAGGACUGACCAAUCAGAGAGCUGUGUUUCUGCAGAGGGACCAAAAUACCUUAACAUUAGCAAUAGGUUAGUGGACAGUGCCACAGAAGUGGAAUUGGGGACAGAUACCUUGAUUGACAAGGUAGAAAGGUUAGGCACAGCUAAUGCUAUUGAGAGGGUAGAGGGGUUGGGGACAGAUUAUUUUAUUGACAGGGUAGAGGAGAUGGGGACACAUAUUCUGAUUGACAGGGAUAGCACUUCAGUGGUGGAUGUUGGAGAUGAAACUGUGUCUGAUGGUUCAGUGGUCUGUACCGAUGUUGAGGUUGCAGAGGAAGUGGUGGAGAAUGACACAAAACAGCAAGGUGAAGAGGUUGUGACACAGUGUCCAGACAGUAGUGGCGCAGAAGUGAAUCCUGGCAAAGUGAUUGUGACCGAUGUGACUAUCAACUCUUUGACCGUAACUUUCAAAGAGGCCUUGGCAGCUGAAGGGUUUUUUAAGGGCUGAAUGACAAGAGUUCUGAGAGAGGAUUAGAGAACAUGUGAGGUUAUACAUGAAAUGCAGCCCAUAUGUUGAAUUUACCACUUAGGAACAUGUUUAGAUAAACAACCACAAUAUAAUUUGUCAUUAAAGAUGCUUACAAAGCCUAUGAGAGUAAAUUGAUACCAAUUACUAGGGUUUUGGUGAGGUAUUGUACCUUAGAGAAUUGGGUGGUAAUUUUCACAUUGUGUUUGGUUCUGGAAAGAAGAUUAGUAAGAGGAUGAGGAAAGAUGGAUGAGGGAGAGAGCAGUUGACUCCUGAAUGUCAUAUUUAUAACAUUACUACUCCAACAUCUCUUAUUCCAGGAGGCUCAUUUCGGUUGCUCUUUUUUCUAACGCUUUUGCAUUAAGUCGUCUGUCUUCCUCAGUAUUAACAGUAAGUUCUGCAUGUCCCGUAUGUCAUGCACACCCUUGUCCUCCAUUCGAUUUUUUUGUUUGAUUUCUAUAACAAAGAAAUAGAAAGGAGAAGGAAUGCCUGGAGGGAUAGAAGUUUAAGCAUUUCAAGAUGAAGGCUGGCUGCGUUGAAGUAUUGUUUUUAUUUUACUUCUCAAAUUAAAAGAGCCUACCUGAUUCUAUUUUUGUAUUACCAUUUGAUAGUCCACCCCUCUCGCAAAGCCUUUGUGCAUUUCUAAAUAGGGGAUAUCAGUUUACACCACUCAUUCCCAAAUGUGUUUUAGGUCUCAUUUCAGUUACUCCUUUUUCUAACGCAUUUGUAUAAAGUCGACUGUCUUCCUCAGUAUUUACAGUAAGUUCUGCAUGUUCUGUCGAUCACGCACAGCCUUGUCCUUCAUUUCAUUCAAUGUGUAUUUCUAUGGCAAAAAAUAGAAAAGAAAGAAUUCCUAAAAUGAUAGAAGUUCAGCAUUUCAAGAUGGUUGGCUACGUUGAAGUAUUGUUUUUACUUCCAGGUAAAAAAUGGCAUAUUCUUGUAUUACCAAUUGAUAGUCCACCCCUCUCACUAAGCCUUUGUGCAUUUCUAAAGAGAUAUCAGUUUACACCACUGUUGCAGUAGGAAAUGUGCAAACUGAAGCAAAUAUUCUCGGUUGUAUUUAUCGCAUGUCACAUGUAAAAGCUCAAUUAAAUGUCACGUGUUGAAAAAUGUA